AUGUGUCUUUGAUUAAGUUUUCUUUUAUUUCAAGCAAUUCUUUUGACAGCUUUUGUAGCUCAUCUAUUAAGGCUUCCUUGAUUUUUGGAUUUAUUUUUAGUUUUAAGGUCUCAAGUUGGUGCUUUACGAGACAAGCGCUUUGAAGAUGCUUAUAUACAUGAAUGCUGCAAGAGUAGCUUGCAGGCUUCACACAUAUGCAGAAAGCUUUUUACUUCAUUUUUGCAUCCCUGCUUCCAGCACUCCAUGAUUAAGAUAAAUAUAAGGCCAUUGAAUUCCUGAAAAGAAGAGUAUAAGAAAUAUAAAAGAAUUUAG